AGCCAGCAGCACACAUCAUUGCACGCAUCAGUUAAGUUCCUGUUUCCAGUGUUCACGGACUAGAACCUGUAGCGAAGACAAACCCUUGAAAGUACAGAGAAUCACAGUACACAACUGUAAAGGAGUGAUUGGAAAUAUUCGGCAGCACCUGUACAAGAUGGUCUUGUGUGACACCGUGGCAUGGCGUCGAUGGCUGUACUUAGAAUUUUUUAUUGUGAACAUCACGGGUGCUCUGUCACAAAGACUGUGCACGAAUGCUCCUGGUUUUAUUGAAGACAGAAGCUAUUUCCAAGGGAAUGACACUAAACCGUACCCUAUGCAAUAUGGAGACUGUUCCUUUGCGGAGUCUCUGUGCAACUACACUCAGUUCUGUACGGACGAUGACUCAGACAACUGGCGGCAGAUUGGAGAUCACGCUGAAUGUCCCGGGAAGAAUGGCCUGCUUGACUCCUUCUCAAUCCUGGUGUCGCCGCUACUCGAGAUCAGUCACGUGACCUGCCUAACGUUUGAAUACACACAAGAAACUCCAGGACAGCUGAGUGUUUACCUGGCAACAUCUACGUCUUUAAUUCUUCUCUUGCGCGAGGAACGUAGUGAUAAGCGAAGUUUUGUCAAUUUUACGACUGAAUUACCAAAUAUCGUUGGCAAGCUUGUAUUUCGAGCUCGCAGUGCCGAUACUAACUACAAAGUUCAGCUCCGUGGUGUGAAGCUAAAGUACGGAUCUUGCACCGAGCCUGGUUCCACACAAACAAUGCCAGGAACAAUCAGUUCAGUUUUGGAGUUAGAAACUUCUAAACCGGAAGCCACCACUACAUUUCUCUCAUCAACGUGGCCUCGUUCUGAGGACUAUACAACAGCGGCAACGAUUUCACAGUCAAACAAUGAUCAGAAGACGCCAGUGAUUGUUGGUGCUGUAGUGGCGGUGGUCAUCGUCAUCGCCUGCAUAGUCGCUCUCGUCAUCAUCGUCAUCAGAAAGAGACGCAAAAAGCACCAGGGAGGGAAAAGCACGAGUGAUGACACACGAGUUGCUGGGAUUGUGAAUGACCUGCAUAAUGACAGUGAUGAUCCUUUGUCAGGCACGACCCUGGUGGAUAUAAAGGACACGCAGGUCUUCUCAAAACCUGAUGUUGACCCUUGUGAUGUCGCAGACGAUGGGCUACCGGGGUCAACACUCUCUGCUGUCAUCGACGACUAUGGACACAUACCUAGCCAUGAAGAUAAAGCAGGAUCAUGUUCCAGCUCACAACACAGCCACAAGCAAAGUAAAGAACCAUCAGAAAUAUACUCACAAGUUCACAAAAAGAAGACUGAAACAGUAGACGUAUACUCACAAAUUCACAAAAAAAUCAAAGAAACUGGAAAUAAAAGUCUAGAGCAAAGCAUCGAAGCUAGAGGUUUUAUCAGUCCUUUGCACACUCCUAAGAUCUUCGAGCUCCCCGACCCACAGAGACCUUUGGGCAUGGCAAAUACAGAAGAUGAACAAGAGUACAAUGCCCUUAACUUUGAACAGCACAGGCAAGUCGGGAAGAACAGUCCAUCAAGGGAGGAUAGUAGACAGACAUACGACCACAUCCAGGGCGAUGUUGGGAACGACUGCCCCAAGGUUGAACACAACAGACAGGCUGCUAACAUGAUGGUUGACACUGAGUACGACCACCUUGGCACAUGAUGCCAUAAACAUGGUUGAAGGAUGCGCAUUCUAAUUUCAACUGGGUGAUUAUUUUCUUACCGAAAAUAAACUGUCAGCUUUGUAAAUCAUUGUGAGCUGUAUAUAUAUAUAAUGGAUCGUCUUAGAUAUAUCACGUACGCUUUUGGAAAUGGUGAUGUGUGAUGAUGUGUGAUGUACCUCCUCAGUGUAAUGGCCUUCAUUAAAUACUUAAAGAUUUUUCGCUACACUCGAC